AUGUUGGCCCUUUUCCAAGAAUUCCAAGAAAGUGAAUCACUUCAAUACACAGAAUGCUUUAAAGAAUGCCCUAAAGAAUGCCCUAAAGAACACUCUGAAGAGUGCUCUAAAGAGUGUCCUGAAGAGCAUCCUGAAGAUCAUCCUGAAGAAUGUCCUGAAGAAUGUCCUGACGAAUCACACUCUAAUGAAUCAUCAUCUCAAGAAUCUAUUGUGUGGAAAACAACAUCAAAUCUUCUAAAACAUCUCAAGAGGCAUAAAGCAAAAGUGCCUGAAUUGAGAGAAUCAAGUGUAGAAGAGGGUAUAGAAAUUGUAAAACAUAAUCGAUCAUUUUUAAUUAUUGAAGAUGAUGAACUAAGGAAGAUACUUACUUAUUUAAAACCUUGUGUAGUAGUACUUUCUGCUGAUAUUAUAAAGAUACAUAUUAUGAACAAUGUGAAAGAAAAACAUGAAUGGCUUCAAAAAAGUUUUCAAAAAAUUCCUGGGUGUAUAUUAAUAACAACUGAUAUCUGGACAACUUUGACUAAUGAAAA